AUGACGUGGACUCGUUCAGAGGUGAAUUAUGGCAUUUUACAAAGAAUGUGUAUGCAUGCCAUUAAGCAUGGACCAGUUCCAAAGCACAUCGCUUUUAUUAUGGAUGGGAACAGACGGUUUGCUGAUCGUAGAAUGAUGAGAAAGUCUGAUGGUCAUUUACAUGGAUUUUCAAAACUUUCUGAGACUUUACAGUGGUGUCGUGAUGUAGGCAUUGAAGAAGUGUCAAUUUUCACUUUUAGCAUUGACAAUUUCAACCGAUCACCAGAAGAAGUUUCAUUCUUAAUGAAUCUGGCAGAAGAGAAACUUUGUGAAUUAUUAGAUAACAAAGAUGAGCUGAAAGCGGAUGAUAUUUGUAUACGUGUUAUUGGCAAUUUGACAUUACUUCCAUUGAGGAUUCAGCAUUUAGCAGCACAGUUAAUGCUUGAAACCAGAAAUCAUACAAGGUCAAUUCUUAAUAUCUGCAUGGCGUAUAACAGUCGACAUGAUAUUACAAAUGCACUGGAAACUGUACGACUAGGUGUCAAGGAAGGAAAAAUUAUUCCCAGUGAUAUUACACGUGAACUUUUAUCGAAAUGUCUGUACACACGUCUGUCAAAACCAUUGGAUUUAAUUAUACGUACCUCGGGUGAAAUUCGAUUGAGUGAUUUUUUAACAUGGCAAGCAUCAGAAAACGGUGCAGUGUACAAAUUCAUUCAGAGUUAUUGGCCUGAAUUUUCAUUGUGGGAUUUCUUACAGGCGAUAUUGCAUUACCAGUUAACGUGCUUACAAUUGACGCCAUUAUUGAGAUCACGAAGAACACAACUCACGUUGAAUGACAACAACGAUGAUGAAGAUUGUGUUACUGGAAAUAUUGCAAAUAACAGUUUACAAGAAACCGAAGCCCGUAAACAACGCGUCAAUUCAUUUCUUGAUUUCCUAGAUCAAAAGUUUUGGCAGAAUAUGACAACGCUGGCUGCUGCUGCAUAG